UUUUUCCUCCCACAGUUCCGGAGCUGCAGCUGCAGCGGUAUUUCGCGAGGUAGAUCCUACCAAGUGUACAGGGUACAUAUUGGUGGUUCAUGUUAUAAUCAUUUUGAUCAACGAAGAAUAUGGUGGGGAUUAAAGAACGAAUUGCACUAUCAACCUGCAGCAGUUAAAACGUGAUCGUUUUGUGAAUAUUUUGAAAAUCAUCGCGCGUAAGACGAUAAAGUGUUCGUUGUAAGUGAAAUGAUUGCUGUGAUUUCUACUUCAUUUUACAAUUUUUACACCAUGCAGGGUGAUCCGGAUUAUGCGAAAGUGAUUAAAUGACGGCAUUGAUUCAUGGUAAAAAAUUCCUUUGGGAGACAAAUUUCGGCAAUCUAUUAUUAUUUAAUAUCUUUAUAGAAUAUAGAUAAGCUAUUUACAUAACAGUAUUUCAGAAUGUUUCGUAUACACCUGGUAGUCGUCGGCUUAUGCCUGUUAAUCGAGCUUAUUGGAAUAGGAUUGGGUCAGUUGCAAUCUCCGUGCCCUCAAAUUUUUCGGUACGUGAGAGACGAUCGCACUGGAGAAAUUCAAGCGCUACUUGAAAUACAUGGUGUUCAACAAGGUGUUGCUCUCCAUGUGAUGCUCGAAUUGAGUAUUGCCGCAGCUCUUCCCACGCAAUACGUCGGAAAAAUAGAGUUAGAGAGUCCAAAGGACCAAUCGGUCGAGGCUAUACGGCAAGGCAGGCCCUUGGUUUAUCGUGUGUAUUUUCCAAUCCAAAAGCCAGUGCCGUUAGUCAUGACUGUUAUAUUCAACAACCGGGAAUACUGUUCCGGAAGUCGAGCAAUCGGAUCAAUUGUCACGUCUGUUACACUAAAGCACUCUCUAUUUCCUCCCGGCGUGACGCUCGAUUCUUCGAAUUCGGGUGGGUCUGUUCAAACUUCUCCUUACUAUCCGGGGCCAGUCACUAAUCAACGGUAUCCCGGAUCAGAUACUGACUCAUAUUCAAAGCCAAGUGCGGCGUCUUAUCCCUCGUAUCCGGAGCCUUCUCACACGAGUUGGAAUGUACCACAAACAACGCCGAGCUAUACAUCAUAUCCAAAACCUACUUCCUCGGCUGAUUAUCCAAAGCCAGCAGUACAUCCUACAUAUUCAAAGCCAACGCAAAGACCGGUGAACAGGCCGAUUUCAACUCCACCAUCGCAAACGGAUAUAGGUCCGGCGAUAGGUGGCCCGCCUUCGCAAGCAAAUCCAUUUAUUACACCAUCUCAAGAUUCAGGGGUUUUCAAUGAUUGUGGACGACCAAAAAAAUAUGAGGUCAAUCUGUUAGUAUCUAGAGGAGACAAAACGGAGCCGGGCGACUGGCCCUGGUUAGUUGCACUGUUUGUUUCGAGGAUUAGAUUGGAAUUUCAAUGUGCCGGAAACCUUAUUACCGAUAAACAUGUCCUCACUGCUGCGCAUUGUUUGAAAAGUGACGGAAAAGAAUUACCAGCGAGUACAUUACUCGCAGUUGUUGGACGGUAUAGACUUCGAAAUUGGGCCGAGAGGGGCUCGGUAACUUACGAAGUAUCACAAUUCAUACUCCAUAGCGAAUAUGGACAGCGCGGAAAAGGAUUUGACUGUGAUAUCGGGGUCGUAACGUUGAUGGAGAGCGUGACAUUUGGAAAAUUAAUUAAGCCAAUAUGUCUGUGGUCAGGAUCCACGGAAAUCGAGACCGUUGUUGGUAAAGUGGGCUUUGUUGUCGGGUGGGGUAGAGAUGAACUAGGUAAUCCAGUCACGGUGGAGCCAAGGAUGGCCAAAGUGCCGAUUGUAUCACAGGAGGAAUGUUUACGAAGUAACGCAGAUUUUGUGGAGAUCACAUCGAACCGGACAUUUUGUGGAGGUUCAAGAGACGGUAGCGGUCCUUGCAAUGGUGAUAGCGGAGGAGGCCUCGUUAUGUGGGAUGCCACCUCUCGACGCUACCAUUUACGUGGUCUUGUUUCGCUCUCUCUAUUGGAUCGAGAAACGGGUGCGUGUGAUCUAUCGCAAUUCGUAGUGUACACAGAUACCGCAAGGUAUCUUGAUUGGAUAUAUCAGCAAAUUUCAAGUUGAAAAAAAUAAAAUAAAACGAUAAUUAUUGAAUAAUAAAUAAAUGAAAUAAAAGCAUAACAAAAUAUUUCGAGUUUGCCGGUAAGAUUAUCCGCUUGUAAAUAGCUGUCUGCAGUAAACUCGGAAGAUUUCAUUGGACUUGAGAGUGCGAUGACACGUUAUUCUGUAUGUAUAUAGACGUGUGGUGACCAAUCAUGUUUGUAGACGGUCGUUACCGAUUUUUAUAUUCCAUUAGAUCAUAAAAUAUAGUACUUAUUUAUUACAUUCAGUUGUUGUUUGAAGCGAGACGAAAAGUAUGCGUAUAAUUAUUUAUAUAAAUUUGGCAAUGUUCACAUAGCAUUAAGAUAGUUGAUAAAAUAUUUAAGUCCUCAUGUUUCCUUAUAAGGUGCCUAUUAUUGUCUUCAUGAUACUGUGAACUUAUACUUGUUGUAAAUAUAAAGAUAUUGCGACCAAA